AUGACUUCUGCUCUGCAGCCCCGGGAGUGUACAGUGACCAAGAAGCCCCAAAAGAAAUACGGCUUCUUCCUGCGAAUUGAGCAGGACACCGCAGGGCACAUCAUCCGCAACGUGGAACGCAACAGCCCCGCCCACAGGGCUGGCCUGAGGGAUGGAGACAGAGUCCUCAGGGUCAAUGGUGUCUUUGUGGACACGGAGGAUCAUGCACAGGUGGUGGAGAUUGUCAGAAGCAGCGGGAAUUCCGUUGUACUCCUUGUUCUGGAUGACGCAUCCUACGAAAAGGCACAAAAGGAGGGGGUGAACCUGGAAGAGCUGGGUCAAAAGGCAUCCACAGGACAGCAGCAGCAGCAGAGCCCACCAUCCACGGCCAACAGAGGAACCACUGCAGUUCCACAGCCCCGGCUCUGCUACCUCGUGAAGGAGGAGACAGGCUAUGGCUUCUCCCUGAAAAGCACAGAAGGACAGAAGGGGUUGUUCAUAGUAGAGCUUUCAUCACAAGGAGCAGCUGCAAAGGCUGGUGUCCAAAAUAACGAUCGCCUGAUUGAAAUCAAUGGAAAAAAUGUGGAAAAUGACACGCACGAGGAAGUGGUGGAGAAGGUAAAGAAGUCUGAAAAUCAUGUUAUGUUUCUACUUUCAAAUGAAGAAACAGACCGCUAUUUCACCAGCCAGAGGAUGGCACUGAGCAAAGAGAGCGCCAGCCUAAGGUUGCUUCCCCUCAAACCACGACUCAUUGAGAUCCAGAAAGGAAAAAGUGGUUAUGGAUUUUACCUGCGGAUGGAACAAAAUACUGGUGACCACAUCAUCAAAGAUGUUAAUUCUGGAAGCCCAGCAGCCAUGGCAGGUCUGAAGGACAAUGACAUCUUAGUGGCUGUCAAUGGCGAGCGUGUGGACGGGCUGGAUCAUGAAAGCAUAGUGGGAAAAAUUAAGCAGUGUGAGGAAAGAACCUCCCUGUUGGUGGUGGAUAAGGAAACUGACAGCAUGUACAAACUGGCUCAAAUCUCCCCUUUCUUAUACUACUACAAAGCACAGGACUCAACCCCAGCUAAAAGGGAGGAAAGAGUGGAGCUGCACACUGAGCAGAAAGUGAACCACAAGCCAAGGAUCUGCAAGAUGGUCAAAGGACCCAAUGGGUUUGGCUUCAGUUUAAACAUGAUCAAGAACAAACCUGGAUUGUUCAUCACUGAGGUCCAAAGCCAGGGGCCAGCGGGCAGAGCAGGCGUGCAAAACGACGACUUCUUGGUGGAAGUGAACGGAGUGAACGUGACCAAGGAACCCUAUGACAAAGUGGUGGCCCGGAUCCAAAGCAGUGGGGACACACUGACACUGCUGGUGUGCAGCAAAGAUGCUUACAGGUACUUCCAGGGCCAAAACAUUCCCAUCACAGCCUCCAUGGCAGAUGCAGACCCUCCCGAGCCUCCUGCUUACACAGAAAACCAUCCACCAGAGCCAGAGAGGAACUCACCUGAGCCAAGGGAAAGGGCAGACUCAUCCUCCUCCUCACAAUCAGCUGCCUCCACAAGAGCUGAUGGUGACAACAGUGAUGACACAAAAUUGUGAGAAGACAAAAUCAUACCAACAACAACAAAGAAAUCUGCCAAAUCUUUUCUUCAGUUCUUCUUUGCUAUUCCACCUCUCAGAACUUGGCUGUUCCAAGGAGUGCCAGAGCCAAAAAGGACUGCAAACUCUUGCUGCAAUAAACA